AUGAACUAUCUUCUUGACCAGUAUUUCAAGGAAACUGCACCAGCAAAAUAUCAGUUUCUUGAUUAUUACCAACAUCGUAAAAGCCAGAAAGAUUUUACAAAUAAUUUUCGUUUAGAAGCACAAAGACUCCGCAAAUGUUUGGAACAUCUGGUGGAAUAUGGAUCAACUCCAGAGAAACAAACAGCAGCUCAACGCUUGCUCAAUAGUCAUCGGAAUAGGUGUGUAGAUGUUGAUAAAUUCUGGAACGAAAUCGAAUGCGAAUCUUUGGACAUACAAUAUGACAAAGAAAAAAAACAACUGCAAUUGGACCAGGUGAAGGUAGCUCGUGUUAUGACACAAGGGACCGAAGAAGGUGUUGAAACAAUUAUGAGGAAUGUUAAUACAGAGCUGGAUGAGUCAGCUACGCCUAGCAAACCUUAUUCUUUAAGGAAGAGACAAAGGGUUGAUUAUAAUGAAGAUAGAUGGCAAGAGCGAGACGGACACAUUACUCCUUCACCAAGAAGUCCUGAUGAAGAUAAUCCAUUCAUUGAGAAUGACGAUGUUAUCAUAAUUGACGAUGUUCCAUUCAAAUUCUCUUUCAAAAAUGUAGAUCCAGCGAAUGAUCUAUAUGUAGGAGAGAUUAAUAUGUCUUUACUUUUUCGGAAUUAUCAAAAUCAAUCAUUUAACCUUGCAAACACAAAGGGUUUAUUCGUAGAAUCCAAUGUACAAGAGAUAUUAUCAUUAUCGUCAAUUUUAUUACUUGCCUCAGAUUCAUAUUCAGAUACGAUGGUUAAUCAUUUUGGACUGCCUCUGCUUAAUCAAAUUCAUGAAAAAUUUAAACCAAAACAACAAAUAUUAUUAGAUUCGAAUUCUGAAGAAACAUUCAGAAAAGCGGUCAAGAUGGCAAUGAAUGGAUCACGCGAUGAUGUCAUCAAUUGGCUAUGUGGAAGGCUCUCAAACGUACCUUCUUUAAGAAAAGAUUUAGGUUUUGUUGUCUUAGACUGCUUGAGAACGUUGCCUACUUCAAAGAUAAGAAAUCAACACAGUGAAAUAACGCAUUAUACUAAUUUCCUUGACCGUAUUAUGAAAGGAUUUUUCAAUGACCCUGACAAGCACGUAGUACAAUGGCCAAAUACGGCUUUAGAUGAAUCCAAAGCAAGAAAGUUUGAAGGUCGGGCUAAGCAGCCAGACUUUAUCGUUUCUAUUAUCUGUCAAUUACAAUCUUGUGCAACAAUAUUUGUAGGUGAGGUUAGUCCUCCUUCAAAAAAAGGAGAUGUAUACAAAAAUUGUAAUGAUCUAAUCCGCUUGAGCAUAUUUAUGAAAGACAGUCUAGACUCAUCAAUUGAUAAAGGUGUGGAUAUAAAGGUGUUGGGCUUCCAAUGUAUCGAUUAUAAAAUUGACUAUUAUAUCAUGGACCUUGUUCAAGGAAUAUACACUAUGGUUCACAUCGGACAAACAUUAAUUCCGGCAUCAUUAAAAGAUAUGCCAUCUUUUGUAGAUGAUAUAGAAUUAUUUUUAAGAGCACAAGAUAUUUUUCAUAAAUCAUUUGCAGUUCUCUAUACUAAGCUUUGUAAUCCAGGCGAUUCAGAACCUUUGGCAACAAAAGCAAUAUUCAAACAAGACACUCUUGGCACUCCCAAGUUUAAAAAACUGAUUUUCUGCUAG